UUACCAUGACUUUGUACAGUAAACUGAAAAACUCGAUAUUUUUAUAAACACUUAAGCACGCGGAAACUGGAUAUUUGUAUAAAUAAACACUUAAGCACACGGAUAGGGAUGGUUAAAUGUACUAUUACUCGUUUUAAUGUCGCAGUAAAGAGAAAAAAAAAGAAAAAAAAAGACCCAGCGUGUGUAAGAUCAAGUUUGGUUUCGGGUAGCAGUAAAUGGGUAACCUAAUCUGCAGCGUACUUUCACUUUUGUAGCAGAAAAGAGCAUUUCUGACUUAAAUUUAAUAAUGGACAAAACACAACCAGGAAGCAAAUCAAGGCCCUUUCCAGUAACAACACUAUUCAAACAGGAGCAUCAAAACUCUGAAAGAAAGCAGCUGACAUACAGAAUUCCAGCUCUCUUCUAUAAUAGUGACAAUCAAACCUUCCUUGCUUUUGCUGAAAAGCGGAAAACUGCAGACGACACAGAUGCAGAUGUCCUUGUGAUGAGAAAAGGAAUAUGGAAGGAUGGAAGAGUUGAGUGGAAUGAUGGUCAUGAGUUGCUCACUUCAGCUUGUUUACCAAACCACCGCAGCAUGAAUCCAUGUCCGGUCUAUGAGAGAGAUUCCAAGACCCUCUUUCUGUUUUUCAUCACUGUUCCCGUUGGGGUCUCUGAACACAAACAAAUACAUAAAAAUAAGAAUCAGGCACGACUUUGUUAUAUAACCAGUAAGGACACUGGCAAAACCUGGAGCCAUAUUACAGACUUGACAGCAGAUGUGAUCGGUGAGCAGGUGAAGGACUGGGCCACCUUUGCUGUUGGACCAGGACAUGGUGUUCAAAUGAAGAGCGGGAGACUGAUUAUCCCGGCCUAUGUGUAUCCUUGCCACUCACUCAACUGUAAGCCCACAUCACGUGCAUUUGCAUUCUACAGUGAUGAUAAAGGAAGCACUUGGCAUGCAGGAAAACGUAUGGAUGGUGAGUCUUGUGAGUGUCAGAUGGCUGAGAUCAUAGACGACAAAGGUAACAGCACACUGUACUGCAAUGCUCGAAGUACAUCUGGCUACAGAGUCGAGGCUCUAAGUGAGAGUAACGGAGAAGCUUUUGAAAAGCCUUCAUCUGCACGUAAGCUGAUAGAGACCGGACAUGGCUGCCAAGGAAGUGUGUUUAGUUUUGCCCCUGAUCAAGCGCCUGAAAAAACAUGGCUACUCUAUUGCCAUCCAACCAAUCCAAGCAAGAGAACGUGCCUUGGCGUCUACUUGAAUAAAACCCCGUGGGAUGCCUCUGAAUGGGAGGAUUGUAAAUUAAUCAUCCAUGAUGGUCCAAGUGGAUACUCUGAUCUGGCUCAGUGUGGGGAUGGAAAACACUUUGCCUGUCUCAUGGAAUGUGGAGAGAUAAGCGCCAGCACAAUGUUUGUGUCCGAUCAGGCACGGCUAAUCAAAGACGGUUGUCAAAAAAAUACAUGCCGUGAGGCAAAAAUGGUUUGCACUCUGGUGAAGACUGUAGACAAAAGUGGAGGAGCAGUGAUCCCCAUAUAACCACCUACCCAACUUCUGUGUAUUUGUACAAUGUGUAUUGCCAAGGAAAUAGAGUCGCUGACUCAGUUGUUUGAGAUUGGGCACAGCCCAACAUCAGCUCUGGCUGUACUUAAAAGUGACCUGUUGGCUGAGCAUGGCAACAAAUAUGUGUAUGCCUCAGCCAACCAUGCCCUUUGCCCAGACCUUCAGUUUUUCUACAGGUAUGUGCCCUGAACAACCCUUUGACCACCAGGAGAAAAUAGUAGACAGACACAAGAAGUUCCUGACCUACCUAUCAAGUCUUUACAGUCGACAUGAGAGUUGGGCUCUUAGCUAUAGGAGGGACUUGCCAAACACGUGGCAACCAAACAAAUAACUACGUGGAAGCUGCAAUGCGUGUCUUGAAAGACAAAAUACUUCAAAGGACAAAAGCAUUCAACCUCCCUCAAUUAUUCAACCUUUUCGUCCUCCCGACUAGAGAUGUACUAUGAAGCACAUGUGACAGACGUUGCACUUGGCCAUUCGAAGGCAUUCCACUGGUCAAGAUUCCUUGCUACAGAAAGUAAUAUUUAAGCAUCUGAUAUUUCUCAGGUUGGAGAGAAGAAGUUUCAGGUGAAAUCCUCCACAUCAGGGCACACCUAUACAGUGGACAUGGAGUUGGAGCUCUGCACAUGUCCUGUUGGCCAUAGUGGAGCACCGUGCAAAAUUACAACAUCACCUCCAUCAACUUUCUUCCCAAAACAGCUGGAAUGAGGGCUGAGCUGCUUAUAAAAAAAAUAACAAAAGGUAAUAAUUUCUUUGCAGCAUAGGUUGUCACACAUGGACUGACACUACCUUCUUUAGAUAUUUGAACAAAUAUGUCCUGUUUAUCAUCUUCACAGCCUCAGUUUCUCUUGACUUCCUGAACCCUUUACGGCAAAAUACGCCUAAGCCAAGCACAUUAGCUGUAGGUAAGAAAGUUCAAUUGGGACAUAAAACCUUCAUUAUUCAUACUUAAUUCUUAAUAAAACAACUUGUACAGCAGUGUGACAUUUGUUAUAGACAUGCCUCCAAGGCAAGAAACCUGCAAUACUGAUCAUCAUUACCAUCUCAGUGCUCAAGAUGAUGGUCAGUGUAAAGGGAGAGAUGGUGCUGUUUUUUUUUUUCUGUUUUUUUUCUUUCUAAUGGUCAAAACCCAGUUUAAAACUUUUAUUCAUGAUUCUAUGUACAAUAACAUUUGAGAAUGUAGGCUACAUAUGACACCACUGUACUGACAAAUACAGUAUUUGUUAAGUGGAUGAGGAUAAUCUCAUUUCAAAAAUAUUAACUCAAAAUAUUAACAGAUAACUUAAGCAAAACGUUCAUGAAAAUACAGUUGUAUGUUAUAAAGAAACUGAGAUAACAAUGCAAAAGCUGAGAAUGUGUGACUGAGUCAAAUAGAAUACUUACAGUGAUCUGAUUACACAAGGAAAAUGGAGAAAAAUAAACAAAAAUCAAUAUAUCAGUCAAAUAUAUAUUUACAUAUAUAUAAGAAUUUAGCAAGAGCUACGGAAAGACAUGCAAAGUCUAGGAGCCAUAUAUAUUCUGCUUUUAAACUGAAGCUGUUCAGGGGGGUGAGAAUCGAUGAGGCACUUAGCCAGGCCGCUGCCAUUGGGGCACAGCGACACAAAAAAACGUGAUCUUUUACGCAAACUGAUCAUUGCUGUUCUGUAUUUGGGCCAACAAGAACACGCAUUUCGUGGUCAUGAUGAGUCUGCUAAAAGUAAAAACAAGGAGAAUUUUGUGCAACUUCUAGAAACCGUUUCAGAGUUUGACCCAGCACUUGCAGAGCAUCUGAAAACAUCAACCAUUUUCAAAGGUACUUCAAAAUCAAUUCAAAAUUACAUAAUUGAGAGUAUAGCCACUGUUGUAAAUAAUAAAAUAGAUCAAGAAAUUCAGUCAACCGAUUUCUUUGCCAUUCAAGCAGAUGACACUAUGCCAGCUGUCAGUCAUUCUGCGUUAUGUGAAUGUCAGUGGCGCUAUUUGUGAAAGAUUUUUGGGUUUCCACGACGUUAGUGCAGA